AUGAUCCUCAACUGCGUUUCCCCUCCAGUCAGCAGACGAGGUGUGCGUCUUUCAGGCGACGCUGCCAGCGUGACGUAUAAUCUAGUGGACGGUUCUUCAGAUACUGCUCGUCAACCACCUCGGUAGCUUGCUAGUCAACAUAGCCGAAAGAUUCAAGCUAUUUAGACGCUCUCGGUGUAUAUUAACUACUGUGUUUUAGACACACUUCUGUCGUAUCUACUUGUUAACCUAUUUAAUUUAAUAUUGCGUUAUUUUGUGUUAGUCAGCUAUAGUAGCUGGCUGGUUAAGUUAGCACUAGCCUAGUCGCUAAUGAUAGCUUACUAACAUCCCCGACCAUGAGCUCCCUAAACUACUCUCCUCCGGUUAAAGAAGAGGAGGUCUGCUGGACGGAGAAAGAGGGUCUGUGGCAGAUCAUUGUUGUGAAAGAGGAAAAGGAAGAGGAGGAUGUUACAGUUAAACAAGUAGAGGGUGAGGCUGUUACAGUGAAAGAAGAAGAGAAAGACGUUUCAGUGAAAGAAGAGGAAGACUCGUUCAGAGUGAAAGAGGAGGAUGUUACAGUAAAAGAAGAGGAGGAUGCAUUUUUUGGAGUGAAGAAGGAAGGGGAGAUUACUGUCACAUUGAAAGAUGAAGAGGAGGAGAUAGGAGAUCUGAUUAACACCAGAGAGAGACGGGACUAUCGUGGAUCCUCUGUGGAGCCUCAACAACAUUAUGCUGAUGCGGCAGAGAAGAGUCUCUCCAGAUCAGAACACCUCAAAAUACAACAGCAGAGACCCACAGGGAAGAAAUCUCACUGCUGCUCUGAUUGUGGGAAAAGAUUCAACUCUUCAUCAGACCUUAAAAUACAUCAAAGAAUUCCCACUGGAGAGAAACCAUAUAGCUGUGAUCAAUGUGGAAAGGUUUUCGGCACAUCUCGUGGUCUGACAAAACACCAGAGAACACACACAGGAGAGAAAUCUUAUAUCUGUGAUCAAUGUGGGAAGAGAUUUACUCUGCUAAACAGCCUGAUAGUACACCAGCGUACACACACAGGAGAUAAACCUUAUAGCUGUGAUCAAUGUGGGAAGAGUUUUACUACAUCUAGCUAUCUAACUAUACACCAGAGAACACAUACAGGAGAGAAGCCAUAUAGCUGUGAUCAAUGUGGAAAGGUUUUCGGUACAUCUGGCUGUCUGACAAAACACCAGAGAACACACACAGGAGAGAAACCUUAUAGCUGUGAUCAAUGUGGAAAGAGUUUUACUCAGUCUACCAGCCUGACAUCACACCAGAGAACACACACAGGAGAUAAAGCUUAUAGCUGUGACCAAUGUGGGAAGAGUUUUGGUUCAUCUGGCCGUCUGGCAACACACCGGAGAACACACACAGGAGAGGAACCUUAUACCUGUGGUCAAUGUGGGAAGAGUUUUACUCAGUCAACCAGCCUGACAUCACACCAGAGAACACAUACAGGAGAGAAACCUUAUAGCUGUGAUCAAUGUGGGAAGAGUUUUGGUACAUCUGGCUGUCUGACAAAACACCGGAGAACACACACAGGAGAGAAAUCUUAUAGCUGUACUCAAUGUGGGAAGAGUUUUACUCAUUCAACCAGCCUUACAUCACACCAGAGAACACACACAGGGGAGAAACCUUAUAGCUGUUAUCAAUGUGGGAAGAGUUUUGCUUCAUCUGGCCUUCUGACUGUACACCAGAGAAUACACACAGGAGAGAAACCGUAUUGCUGUGAUCAAUGUGGGAGAAGUUUUACUCAGCUAAGCAGCCUGGUAUCUCACCAGAGAACACACACAGGAGAGAAACCGCAUAGCUGUAAUCAAUGUGGGAAGAGAUACUCUGAUAAAAGAUCUCUGAUCAAACAUCAGAAAAUACAUGUUGUUUCAUGAUAUCAAUGAAAUAAUGUAGAAUGUUUUCAAUAUUGUGGAAGUAUUUUAGUCAUGUCACAAUAUAGAAUGCUUUAACAUUGUAGGAGCAGUAAUUCUAAUGAUGUCACAAUGUAGAAUGUUUUAACAUUGUAGGAGCAGUAUUUUAAGGGAUGUCAGAAUGUAGAACCCUAAACGUUUGCUCUGAAUUGAAAGAGUACUAUUUAUGAGAUUUAACAAAAACUGUCUAACUUGCUACGUUGAAAACUGAAAGUUGAUAAGAUGUCUUCGGGUCUUUUUUUCAAUGACUUGAAAACAACUUAAAUUCAACGUACUUGCAGCCUAUACACAUGGACACAAUAUAAUAAAUUGGUCUAUAAUCAAUUUUAUUAACAAUCUUACAUCACUCCAGCAUUUCUUUACAUCCAAGUGCCAAUUGUCUUUAUUCCACAACUGAAGAAGAGUGAUGCAAAUCACCUCAUAUUUCAAACAUCCAGCCUGACAAAAUAUACAUUUUUUAUCAGUCCAUGUUUACAAAGGGGUGUCCAUUUGCUUUUGAUAUUUCAUAUUUACAAUUCAUGUAACAUUUAGUAAUCAUAAUUAUUCAUGCAACCAAAUGACUAUUUUUUGUGUACAAUUAUAUUGGAAUUGUUAUCCUGCUUUUAGAAUAGCAGGGAUCAUUCUCAGAUGUUCCAACCCAAAUGUACUAGAGCAUGACAUUGGGGACUGGGCCCCGAUCCAACAACAUGCCUAUCGAGAUAUUGCAGGAGUUUGCUCUUGAAAUCAGACAUGACUAAUACAAUUUGAUUUGAGUUUUGUUUGGGCUCGCUCCAAGGGGAUGAGAGUUCUAGAAGCUAGUGAGUUCUUUGAUUCUAUAGGAAGAAAAAGGAGAAAAAAAUUCAAUGAUUGUAUAUUAUCAUUUAGAAGUACGUGUUUUUUCUUGCUUUUAAUUGUUGACAGCGAGUAGAUACCGUGUUUAGAUUGUAGAAGGUGAAGCAUUGUAGUAGAUUAUAAUGUGAAAUGGAAGUUGUUUUCUGUUGGUGGUAAGCAAACUUGUCCAACAAAAAUAUAGGUUAUAUUUGUUGUCUUAAGGGGGAUGGUGUUACAGGCUUUGGUUUUUCCAUUUAUGUUUUGAGGUUGGACUUUAGAACGUAAAGCUCGUCAGCAGGUAUAGCUCGUUAGCACGUAGGACACACUGAUUGGUGUCACCUCCUUAGUCAGUAUGUGUUACACCUGUGCUGGCUUGUCCAUCUCGUUAGUGGGAAGGUGUUUCACCUGAGCUGGUCCAGGUUCUAUUUAAGAGUGUCUGGCCCAGUGCUACAGUGGUCUUGAUAGAUGUCGAGAGUCAACAGCUUUAGUUGCUCCACCUUUUUGGUUUAAGAUGUUUUCAUUUUAGGUUGAAGCUUCUUUCUGAAGAGAGCUUUUUUUUGAAGAAAAAUGAAUACAAACAAGCAAACCUGGUCGGUUCCGGGGAUUGGUAUAGCAAAUACCGUAAGAUUUUCAUGGACUGAAAAGGAGAUGGAACCUUGGGGCAGGGAAACUUUUGGAAGGACUAUAUUGAUGGGAUGCCUCAGGAUAGAGGUGAAGGAAGUACUCUGCCUUCAAGGGAACCCGAAUGAGAAGGCUUUCGAUGUGACGUUUCACAAAGAGGAGAAACAUGAUGAUGUAUUGAAGAUGGCAAAGGAAGCGGAGAAAACGGGACCCCUGUGCCAUUAUGUGGUGACCAGCCUGGCGAAGAACAACUUCAGGGUGGUCACCGUAACCAUGUACAAUCCGCAUGUGAAAGAUGAAGAGGUGAGGGC